GCGGAGGAGGCGGAGCCUUGGGGUGGGGAGGGGGAGAAAGAGGAGGAGGCGGUUGUUGUGCAGAGGAGGAGGGGGACAUAAGUGUCCUGGGAGGGGUCAAAGGUGAGAGGUUAGGAUUCAAAGUGGUGACCCCGAACGGGGGUGGGGUGGCCGCGGUGGUGAGGCUUGGAGAGGGAGCCAAGAGGCAGUGGAAGAUGACGAACAUUGCAGAUAAUCAUAAGGAGAGCUGGGCAGCCCUGGUUGCUGCAGCAGAACGGUACCGGCGUCAGACAGGCAACGAAAUAGUGCUGCUCACAGCCUUCAGGGCCCCACCCCCUGGUGGUUUUGGCUAUGCGCAGCAUGGAAGUGGAGCUCUGGCUGAUGCUGUUCAACGCUACCUCGAAGAUAUUGCAGUGGUCCACAAGACCACUGCCUUCACCUAUGCCACCCGUCCUCCCUCAGCCCCUCAUCCACCUCCUACUCAUGGAACCUACUCCCGGAGCUACCCUUCUGCUUUUGCCCCAGAAGAGCCUGCCCCGCACAGGACAUCUGCCUCUCAGGGGCCCUUGCUGCAGGCUGCUGAGGGCCAGGAGCCUGAAGAUGAAGAUGAUGAAGGAGACAGGAAUACACUGACAGAAGUGGAGCAGCCUGGUGGGAGAGAACAUCCCAGUGACACUACUGGUCUCUUUGUGAUGGACGAAGAUUCCCCAAGCCAGGACUAUGAGCCUUUUUUUGACUCUGACCCAGAAAGCACUGAUGAUGGGAGUCUGAGUGAAGAGGCCCCUGGGCAGACGGUCCCGCCGGCCAUCAGCCACCAGUAUGCCAAAUCCCUGCCUGUCUCAGUGCCCAUCUGGGGCUUUAAGGAGCAGCGGCAAGAGAUGCGUUCCUCCGAUGAGGAGACCAGCAAGCAUUCGUCCCCUGACCUUGAGAAGAUAGCUGCCAGUAUGCGGGCAUUAGUGCUGCGGGUGUCGGAUGGCACGGAGAUGUUCGGGGACCUGCCUCGGCCACGCCUCAACACAAGUGACUUCCAGAAGCUACAGCGGAAAUACUAAUUAAUCUGACACUCCCUGCCCUCUCCCCAUCCCUCCCCCCACUCCAUCUGGUCCCCUUCUUCUCUCCUCCCCUCCCCCGCCCCACAAAUCGGUGGACAGGGUUGGGUGCUCCCCUCAAGCCAUAAGCCUCUAGUCUCUUCUACCCUCAUCCCAACUCUGAGCUCCUACAAGCUUUAAUUUAAAGUGAUCGCCUCAAUCUUACACUACAGUUGGGGUGGGGAGAUCUUAUACCUCCAGUUCUCUCCCCCCCACCCCCCGAAAUCCUGUCCCACUCUCUCUUCUAUCUUGUGAAUUAGGAGGUAUAGCAGCCCUUUUCAAGCAGGUAUUCCCUACCCAAAGAAGAGGUGGGUCUGGGGUGGGGACACUACAUACAAAGGUGUACUGACAAAACUGCAUACCAGACCUACCCCAUCCAUUGCCUCAAAUCCACCCCAACCCCAGCUACUAAGGGUUCUCUGAAAGUCAGAAAUUUAUCUUUUUCUCCCUAAAUAAGUGUCUUAAAGAUCCUUUGCACAUAAGCUGGGUUUGUCUACACUCUAGUUUUGAGCCAAGUGUCCCUUUUGUGGGAGUGUGGUACCUUAUCAUCUCACUCCCCACCCCCCGCAUGCAUAACUCUCUCCCAGUUUUCAGGAGUGUGGUAUUCAGGGUCCCUUUUUCUAUUGGGGAGGGUGGUACAAAUGUGGGGUGGCCCCCAAACAGAUGGGAUGUAGAAGGGGCUCUAGGAGUUGCCUGCAACCCUCUGUUCUCCCCCUGCCCCGGCAUACUUUUGUAUUAGAUGAUCAGGGGCCCUUUGUGGCCCUGGCCCUCUAUUUUUGUCCAAAGAUGAUUGGUGAAUUGGAAGGGAGAGGAUGUAUUUUUUCUCUCCUUCCUGCCAACCUACCAGCCAAUAAUAAAAACAAAAAAAUCUUUUACCAA